GAUAGGCUUGAUGUAACUAGACUGCUGAAUAUCUGUGAUCCUUCGUCUGUGAUCAUGAUUGCGCUGGCAAUGGUGGACGGCCACCGUCGCUUGAGCUGAACAUAUGACGGCUGAAGUCUUUCCAAUGGCGCCCUCCCUUGCUGUGCAACUUGAGUCAGCAGUGGUGCUUCUGACUGCCGCCUUCAGUGGCGUCAAAUGCCAAUAACGCACCGCUGCAAGCAUGAUGCAGGCGGCCCGCUGCUCCGCUCUCCGUCAGAUUGGGGGAGGGGCGGUGUGGCCGCCGAUCUGGGAGAGUUUGCUCGGUGCUAGGCAGGUGCGCUUCGUGCAGAGCUCUCCGGGGGGGCCCGGGGUCUUUGAUGGGAGAGAGCGCGUGACGGAUCUGGUUGGGGCAGGGGAAGAGGCGAUUGGUGACAGAAGGGGCUUUGCGUCCGCCGCUGCGGAUGACGGCGGAGAUGGGAAGUUGCAAAAAGGCUACUGGCGGAACUUGGUCAAGGAGCGGUUGGACGAGGAGCUUGAGUCUGGUACAGAGUCGAAGGCGGCCACUGAAGCCUCGGAAAAGGCAGGGACCAGCACCUCUGCAGAUGCUGCUCUUGAGGACACUGCUCCUCCUGCGGACGCGUCGUCUUCUUCCACCACCUCUACGAAAGAUGGGGCGCCUGCGCUUCCUAAGCCGGCGCAAGGCAUCUUUGGCGACCCCCGACGGCCUCGUCCCCGAACCCCCUCCCGGGCGCCGACAGGCACGGGGUCUACAGCAUGGCUGGAAAGGUUGAUAGAGCGGCAGCGGCAACUUGUGGCUCAGAGGCAACAAGCAGAGCAGGCGAUGCGGGACGGCGCUGCAGAGCUGGAGGCGGCAGAAGCGGGGCUUGCGGAAAGGAAUGCUGCAGAAACGAGAGUGGCGGAAACGGAAGUCGCCGAGACGAAACUCGCGGAGGUUGGAAUUGCUGGGGCGAAUGGGAAGAGCUCGGAAGUUACGCUUGGGAAAGAGAGCACAGUCGGUCACGGCGACCAACGAGGGGCAACGUCAGUUGCAGAGUCGCCUGGGCUGGAGGCGGGGGAAAACGAGCAGCUUCAGUUAGCCAAGGGUUUUGCGGAAGUCGAGGGGUUAGGCGCAGAGAAUGUCAGGGGGUUGGAUCCGGAGGUCGGGCUACCCCCCCUGGAAAAGCCACCCAUGGUUGAGAGCACGUCAAAGGUUACUCCAAGAGUUAGUCAGAAGGUAGACGGAAGCCGAAUAUCGGGUGGGGUGCCCAGAAGCGGAGACGACCGCCUUUCUGCAGCAGCAAAGAUCCUGGGGACUAUCAGACUUGAAGAAAAGGCUUCUCAGGAUGAAGGAGUUUUUCCAUCGAAGGCCGCAGAAACGACGCUGCCUGUGAGACCAGUUGAAAAAAGUAGAGCUGGGGAGAAGGCCUCCACGUCGGAACGAGCUCUGGCGGCGGCGGAGGUUUUCAAAACGAUGCAGCAAGGAGGGCGGGAAGGGGCAGCUGCCGAGGGAGGAACAGCAGAACCGGCAGGCGUUCCCGCAAGUGACGAGUUGCCGGGAAGACCAGUGUCUGUUGGGGACACGGAAGCUGCUCCAGGGCUUUCAAUACCCUCGAGUCGGGCGGGUAGAAGCAUUCCAGUCAAAGCAUCGGAAGCUGUUGCGCUGUCAGGCAGAGCCACAGAGCCUCUUCCGAAGACCGUUUCUCCCGAAGCUCUUGCGGAAGCCGAUGGGGACGAACUAGAGUCGGAAGAACCUGAGGAGCUGUCGAGCGAGCAGGAAAUCAUCAUGGAGUCGGCGGCGCUUGCGCACGUGCCAGCGGCGGUUCGGGUUCCGUUAGCGGUUGCGGCAGAUUUGCAGAAGAUCCCGGUGGGGUUGGGGGAUGACGUCGCAUUGCCACGACAAGACGAACUAGACAUGGCGUACGUUUAUCCCGAGGUGCUGACGGCGGCAGAGGAACUAGAGUGGGCUGCGGAAGCACUGGAGGAGUUGAUGUACGCAGAGACUGCGCCGCCGCUGCCGCCAGCGCCCCAGCCCGUGGAAGAGGAAUGGGAGGAGGAAGAAGAAGAGGACUGGGCCACUCUGUCCCCGUACGAGAGGGAGAGGCGGCGGCGGGCGGUGGCACCGCAAGCAGCACCGGAACGGGAACCGGAAGAUCGAGCAGACAGGGAGUACCCAAAGAGAAAUUUCGAGUUUGUUGCAGAACGCGCCCAUCCACUGAAUAUUGGGUUCCUGGACAACUUCAUCGACGAACGGGGCAACAUUAUUCCGCGGAAGAAAACGGGACUCAGGAAAAAGGACCAGACCAAGGUGGAGCGGGCUAUCAAGACUGCGCGGCAGAUGGGGCUGCUGCCUGUCUUGUCCGACUUGGAUUGGGAGCAUCCCACCAUGAUGCGCUUAUAUCCUCCGGCUCCCGAAGACGAGCAAGAAGAGGAAGAUACGGAAGAAGCGGCGACCCCGGAAGAAGAAGAGGAGAUCGAAGAGCUCGUGGCAGAAAAGGGGGGGGAUGAGUUUGUGGAGGAGUUUGAGGAGGACGACGAAUUCGGCGACUUCUUUGAGUGGAUGGAGGCGAAGGAGGUCGCCGAGCUUCCGGACCCGGAGAGCGAAGAGUUCAAGGGGCUGGGACGCGUACUUGACGCCGAUGAGAUCGGAGAUCAAGAGUAUGAGAUCCGGGACGUGGAGGGGGUGACGUGGCCGUCGAAGGACGAUGAUACGCCGACGGAAGAAGGGGAGGGAGGGGAGUCGAUACAAAGCUCGCAAUAGCUUUGAGCUGGAGAGGAAUCAUCAUUAGGGUUGGACCCUAGGUCGGAUUACGUAUCGAGGGGACAGGACACGACUGCGUCCGUUGACAUGUCAUUGGCUCGAAGGAAAUUGACGGACCCGGCACCAGCUUUUUUGCGCCGAC